AUGCUAGUGUUUUGGCUCCUGGCAUCACUCAAUUAUAUUUUUUCCGGAGCACUUUACGUGAGCUUUCCUAAUGCCACAUCUGGAACAACGCUACGGACAUGGAAUACUUUGAGGUAUCUGGUGGACGAUUCUGACCUUUUACAGCGCUUGUAUUUCCAGAUUGCUGGUGUAGAUGAGGAUUUUGAUGACUACUCCGAUCUAGAUACACCUGCAUUGCUUGUUGAUCAAGUUGUCGCUUUUCUACAGUUACAUGACCCAGAUGCAGCAGCGCUGUUUCCGCUACACUAUGCUCUAGAACCAGGAUUUAGCAUGAAUACUGAUAAUGAUAACUAUUUUAUUUUGAACAAGAAACGGUUCUCUUCCUCUGAAGACUUAUUUUAUUUGAAAAGUGUGGAUUUGAAUGCUCAAAAGUCCAUACCCAGCCAGCAAUUUUUGGAUUCCAAAGACGUGGUCAUUGGAUUUAAUACCGAGGCCCCAAUUGUGCAGUUUUAUGGAUGUGAUCGGCUCCACGGCUGGGAGUCUUUCAAUCGUAACCUGCUUAUAGAAUCACAAGCUGGAAAAAUAAGGUUCAUCUGGAGGAGUACAUGCCCCAAUGACUUACCUUUUCAGUAUGAGCCUUCUGCGAUAGCGUUGACUAUUAAAGAAACACACUGGGGCGAACCUGUUGACUUAGCACUUGAUGUACCUGGCGACUUUGGUUCUAGCAACCAACAUUUUCAUACGCACCAAAUUGAUGGAUCGAAGCUGAGUAGUCUUGACAUGAAAGUAACUGCCCUCAUUUGCGACUUUCAUGAGAAGAAUAAGGAUUUUGGAAAAACUCUCGCUCUUUUAAAGCAGAUUGUUAACAGUUUGCCUGUCCUGGCGGUUGAGCUUUCGAAGUUACCUGCGAAUUACGAUAAAUUGGAUGAAGCUAUUGAGACGUCAGUCGAGCAGGGAAUUGACCAUACCAUGCUCGGACUUUACGUUAAUGGGCAGUAUUUUAAGCUUUCCAGUCUAGACAAAAGUACAGUAAUCCGUUCUGUCACCACAGAAUUGAAACACAUCGAUUUUUUAAGAAACCUUUUGCAAACAUAUCAGAACCUUGAUGAUCAAGCAUCCACAAUUAUGGCUAAGAAAUUAUUGAAUAAUUUUUCUUCGCGAUCAUCAAAAACUCUUCAGAGUUCACAACCAGUGAAAUAUGAUCUACACCGAGUUUCUGGGUUCUCAGAAAGUGUUAUUUAUUUCAAUGAUAUUGAAAAUGAUCCAGAGUACAAGGAGAAGUUAAAGGAUGAUAUUGGAGAAUUCUUUAAAGAGUCCGAGUUUAGUCAAUUACCUGCCUACAGAGAAAAUUGGAACGAAGUGAUUUUCGUGGUUAAUUUUUCUGAUUUGGCCUCGAAAGAUACUUCAGAAGCUUUGCAAGGUCUACUGCGAGCUGUAGGUGUCGUUAAAAACGGAUAUCCUCAAAGAAUUGGGCUCUUACCGAUGACCACGGAUCCUGAAGACAUGGGCAUCCUUCGCAGAAUUUAUGAGCUGAAAAACAGGGACUUAAGGUCUGUUCUCGAAUACCUUAACGAGCUCUCUAUUUCUGAAGGUGCCAGGGAAAGUGAGUUCGAAAAUAUUCCUCCAGUUUUGGAAAUUCUGGGCUCAAAGUUAAUGAUAAAAAGCUCGUCAAUCAUUGUAAAUGGCGAAAUAUACCCUUUCAAAAGCAAUUUGUGGAAUUAUAUCAUUGCCAAAGUUUUGAAGAAAGAUGUCUCGUACAUUAAAGACGAAUUGCGUCGAAUCAAUGCUGUUGGGGUUUUAAAUGCAAGAGAAAUACUUCAUAGAAGAUCAUUUACCGAAAGAAAUUCGAAGUAUUUACCAGACUACUUUGAAGAUGCAAGCUACUUUGUUUCCGAUGUCAAUACUUUGAAGGCUUUAGGAAAACGAACGAUAGAGGUAUCGAGGGCUGAAAGUCAUAAUCUUCUCCAUACCAUCACCAUCGUUGAUGAUUUUAAUACCGCUUUUGGACUUGAUAGACUUAUCAAUCUUAUGAAAAUUGAAUUGUUAGGAGUAAGGUUAAGGGCUAUACACACCGGACCAAACGGUAAGCAAUGGGAUAGAGUGCGACAAUUUGUUUCCAAGUUUGCCUUUUCCGAAUUAGAAACAGUCCGCUCCAGGUCGAAGGCAAAUGAUGCUACCAACGUUCUUGAGCAUAACAAGUUGAGCCAGUGGUUUUAUCGCUUCCCGGGCGAGGUGGCUCAAACGUCAUUUUUAACAGUCAAUGGUAGAGUAAUUCAUUUCGACUUAGGUGAGAUUCCCUCAACGAAGCAUUACGAGAUGAUUCUUCAACGUGAGGCUUUAAGAGUUUUGGAUGCUGUGGAAGCAAUUCAAGAAGAGCUGCCCGGAUUCUUGGACUUAGCAGUGAAUGCUGAUUUUGUCGAAAUGGCGAGUAGCAUUAUGACGAAAAUGUUUUACGAAGGCGAGCGGCUGUAUAAUAAUGGAAUCGAUUUUACUGCUGAGGGCUCCAUUUCAAGACUUUGCCUUGGCGACUUCAUCGAUUUCAGUUCUUACAACUCUUUGCAAAUGUCGGGCGAAACCAAGAAAGUUGAUGUUACUCUAUUGAUUGAUCCUUUAGAAGAGCGCACCCAAAACCUAUUAACGUUAAUAUCCGAACUAAACGAGUUAGACUUUGUUAACCUUCAGCUUCAUCUGUUGCCGACAAAAGACCUGAAAAUUUUCCCCAUCUAUAGGAUUUGGAAGGAAGGACACACUAAUAUCACUGAGCUCGAUACUAUGAAUUUUAAUGCAGACAUCGAUCGGCCAUCAUAUUGGCAUAUUGGGCAACAAAAAGAUGAUGAGUUUGAGCUUCAGUAUCUCGUUCUUGAAGUAAACGCGUUUGAAGCUACUGAAGUACCAUCAAAAGGUCUUGUGGAGGGGAUAGGGAAUGUUUGCUUGAAGUUGCUUGAUGACGGGAAUGAGGUUUUAGAUACAGCCUUUACUUCUGAUACUUUUGGUUAUGGUCAGUUCAAGCUCAAACGCCUCGGCAGAGGGUUGAGGGUUGAAAGUUGCUCUCCAGAUUAUAAGGUCUCUACUUUUUCAUUGCAUGCUAAUGCUGAUUAUAUGCCUUCAAAAUCUUUUGAUGUUGUCUCUUUUUCCCCAGUGCGGAUUUAUGUCAAGCUUGUGAAAUUAAUCGAUGACAACAGGGUAGAGGCCUCUCAUGUCGUAGAAGAAAGUGUCAACAUUUUCUCUAUUAUUGAAGACCGUGAACAAGAAAACAACUUUAGAAACCUAGUAAAGUGGACCUUGGGAACUAAUCCUUCGCUGGCCGUGAAGUUUUGGAUUGUUUUAGGCGAGCAGCCUUCGGUUGAUUUCAAGCCAUUUUUAAAAUUCGUCUCAGCUCAAAGCGGUAACAAAGUCACUUUUGAGUUCCUUUAUUAUGACUGGCCGCGUUGGCUAAGACCGCAGCGAUUUUUGGUGCAAGAGCUUUCGGCGGCAAAGAUUUUAAUGCUAGAUUUGAUUUUCCCCGCUGGAGUCCAAAAGUUAAUUUACAUGAGCCCCGAUACUAGGGUCAAAGACUUAAAGGCGCUCUGGCACUUUAAAUUUGAUUCUGUGUUUUGUUUACCAAGAGCCUAUCACUCUGGUGGAACACCUUACUGGAACGAAGGCUACUGGAAAAACUUUUUGGCUAAGCACAACCUAAAAUUUCACGCCAUUGAGCCUGCAUUUAUUGUUGAUCUUGCCAAGUAUAGAAAAGAUCACGCUGGUGACAAGCUUCGGAUUCAUUACCAGCGUCUGUCAGCAGGUAUCAAUUUUCUAGCUAAACUCGACCAAGAUCUAAUCAAUGACAUGCAAGUAAGAGUUCCAAUUUCGACACUGAGAAAAAGCUUGGUCGCAAGAGUCCCUGUUUCGGAAUCACCAAGCGAAGAAUUUCUUGACUCAUUUGAACAAAAAUAUCUGGCAGCAAAAAGAGCGACUUCCAAAGAAGACCAAAAGGAGCCAAUAGUUCACGAUGAGUUGUGA